AUGUCUUGGUUUCAGAAAUGUAUCCACGCCGUGUUGGUGAUACUAUUUAUACCAGUGAGGUCAGAUGACAUCUGUAAUGUCAACAGUCUUGGGACACCAUCGCCAAAUGCGCUUCCAAAUCCUGGCCUUCCCAAUAUUGUACGUCAGAACGGCGUAUCCUUUAGCGUCAACGUUCAAGCGAACUUGAUAGAGCAGCGCCGAACAGUUUUUGCCACCGUGUAUUUCGACAACCCCGGUAAUCGGGCCAUUAUUAAGACGUUCGAGAAUGGAAUGGACAGGCUCGUUCUGUACAACUACGACGCUGAUGAAGUUUAUUUUAUAAACCCUGAUUUGCACAAUUGCACAGUGCACAAACUAUCUGGCAGUCCGUUUACUGAGUUUUUCGGGCUAGCGAUGAGAAAUGGUCAGCCACAUAUUGGAGACGUUCAGACCGUUCUGAAGUUCGGACAGACUUACAGCGAGAACUACCUCGGUAACACAACGGUUGGGGGUAUUCCGGUCUACCAUUGGAAUGCAUGCGUCAACAACACCUUGCUCAUUGAUUAUUACUUCAGCAGACAGGGAAACUGGUCGACGGCCUCCACGUCCCCGUCAGUUCCGGUGAGGGCGGAAGUGAAGGGCAAGCAGUCCCUGUCCAACGGAACCCUCCGAGACAUUCACCACGUAUACCAGUACUCAGAUUUCAUACCUGGGAACGACUACGAUGAUUCGAUCUUUCAGACCCCUACCAAUGUUUGGUGCCCAGGCCGUAAGUCCACCAAGCAGAUACCGACCUUGCCCAACCGGUUCUACUACAAGACGGAAAUAAUCUACGCCGACAUCGGUGCCGUCUCUUUCGAAGAUGUGUGGUACGACGGGUCUUUUAAGCUGUUUCGUCGUGAUCAUCGGCCUAUCUUACCGGCGUCUCCGGACUACACGCUCCACCCACGGACAGACAUACAGGAUUUCCGCACAGGUGUGUGGUACAUUAUUGACAACGGUUACGGGAACUGCUCCACUGCCACUAUACCCAGCAACCUGGACGACUCGGAACGUAACUUAACGGCAGCAAGAUUCAAUGGCUCGUACGUGGUAGACAUGAAGAGCCCUCUACAUCUGCUCCAUUUGGACUUUAACUACACCUACAUAGGCCAGAAUUUCGUUCGGGGAAUAUUGUGUGAUACAUUUGUCGGGCAGACACACAACUUCAGUAAAUCCAGCUUUGUAACGAACACAAAGACAGCCGACAUAACCUUCCAUUUUAUGGCCCAAGGCUGGAAUUAUUUGGAUGAUGUAGAGGCCAGUCCAACCACGACAGCAAUUCCAGUAAUGAUGGUUUUGUACGCCGAAAAAAUAGGGUUUACAGCCACAUAUAACUUUGUGGACUUUGAUCCUAAUCCUGCCACGCUAAAUGUGUUUGAUACAAGCAAAUGCUUUCCUGAAGCCAAUAAGAUCACAUUCCAGUUGAAGUUUCCAGGAACGCUCAUAAGAGUGACCGAGAAAGACAUUCUUGUCUGGGCACAGUUGGUUCUUGCCGAGAAGAUGCAGGUCUCCGUUCUCAGAGUAGUCGACGUAAAACUGACGUACGAUGACGCCAAUAUAUUCAUACAAGCAACCCUGCUCGACAAAACUUCCGUGUCCUCUCAGUUCACAAAAGUCCCAGGCAAAACGGUUGAAUAUGACACGGACACUAUACUGUAUGCGUCUAAGAAUCCGAUCCAGUGCGCGAGUUUUUGUGAAAACAAUGUCGGAUUUGUCUGCAACAGUUUUGACUACUGUGCCAAUGACCAAUCGUGUCAUCUCAGCCCUCUUCAUACGGAUGAUGGCACACCCAUGUCAUCUACUCCUAGCUGUGACCAUUUCUCAAGAACAGUGGAUGGUCAUGUUGCGGAGUUGACCAUUGCUCAGGCCUUUCAGAACCUCCGUGGCAACGUCUACAACCAGUCCAUGAUUUUGUCCAAUAUCGGGCAAAAGACAUAUGUUGCUGUGGAUGUUACCCUGCUCUUUGGAUGGGUAAAUCCAAAUGUGAAGGUGCCAAAAUUGAGCGAGCAUUUCAGUUACAAAGUAGAGGUCACUGUACCAUUACAAAAGCACAUCUACACAUCACAGGUUUGGUACGACAGCUACUUCCAGUUGAUCCGCUACGACCCUCACACUAAUACACCAAUGGCUCCUUUUUACACCACAAACCCUCUCACUGUUGUUGAAGAUUUCCACGCGGGUAUUCAAUACGUGAUUGACAAAAUGCAUAAGAAUUGUACCUAUAUGCCUCUGACCCUGACGGACUUCGCGGCUGGAUCGAUCUCCAACUCGACUUUUGACAUAGGCUUGAAAGAUCCCUUGAGAACUUAUGAGAUUGACGAUACGUACAGAUUUGUAGGCCAGCAAACGAUCCGUGGGAUGACGUGUAACAUUUUUGAGUCCUUGCAAACCAAUAACAAAAUACAGAACAAGACGACGCCUACCAUAUUGAGAUACGCCUUUCUAGCAGAUGACUGGAUAGAGACUAGCGAUGGCUACCUCGGGGGAGAAUCCGGACAGCCUGUACGUCUGGACAUCACUGUUCCUUCGCUCUCUUCCUACACGCAAUAUCAGUUUUUCGACUUUGACAAGGACCACCCUGACUCGUCAGUGUUUGAUGUUCAUCAGUGUUAUAACCCUGAACAAGUGGAGGAGUUCGAAAUUGUAUUCCCUGGGAAAUACUCAGAGACACUGAACACGUCAUCGAAGAUAUUCCAGAUAGCUGCUACAGACAAGGUGAAAACUUGGACAGGUGUUUCGCGCAUGCGUCUUCAGCAGGUGCGACUCGACCACGAUGACGACUUCAUCUACUUUUAUGCAACACUCGUGGAACAAACUGAAAAAAUGAUUUACUUCACACAUCUCCCGAACAACCCGCUGCCCCAGCACGUAGACCAGGUCUUGUCAAUCCCAGGAACUGUGAAUGACUGUGCUAAUACCUGCUACAACUCGCAGAAUUUUACGUGCAAUAGCUUUUAUUAUUGCGCGGACAAUAACCAGUGCCUGCUCAAACAAUCGCAUGCUCCGGAGAAUACAAGCAAAUCAGGGCAAAGGAAUUGCCUUUCAUAUUCAAGAACUGUAAAUGGAACGGGACCAGAACCUUCCAACACUAUUGCCAUGGUGAAUCUAAGAAAUGCUGUUUACAAUGGUCUGCUGAGACUGGAAAUCCCCAUUCCUAACACGUCAAUGAUAAAAACUUUUAUUGCUGCUCAUGUUAACGACGUUUCCAAAAGCAGACGAGCCCUAAUUGUGCAAGACAAUGCAUUUAACAGCUUCAGUGUGUUCCUAAACUCUUCAUGCAUCAGCGGCGCCUUCUACCAAGACAUGCUCAUUGGUGUUUCGGUUGACGAAUGCGCUUUAGAGUGCCAAAAGAAAGACGCUUUCUGGUGUCGUGGAUUUAGUUACCAGAGCAAAACCAAGCAGUGUUUUACAACAAAGAUGGAACUUCCUAAGUUGCAGAACAAUUACUACACGAACGACGCAAAUUGCACUACAUACAUAAGAAAAUAUUUAGACGAAUACAUUGACCGUUCUGGCACAAUGCCGAUAUUGUUGUCUCAGCAUACGCAGACUGCCGUGACGUCAGCCGAAAUGUGUGCGAAAUCGUGUACUACGUCAUCAUUCCCCUGUCGGUCCUUCCAGUUCUGCCCAAAUAUAAAGCAGUGCGUGUUUUUCAAAGACAGGGAAAUUGACAAUAAUGCAAUGAGUAAUCAAACAGCAACCUGUGCAAAAUACACACUUAUGGCUAGUCACACCGAUUUUCAAGCUGUGGAUAGCGGGACGUAUGUAUUUGGACAAGUAUUUCAAUAUCUUGGCAUUACGACGUUUAAUGAAUGUCCCAAGAAUUGCAUCAACGACUUGGGGAAUUCAUGCUCAGGGUUUUAUUACUGCCAGUAUACACGCAACUGCUAUCUGACUGGCGCUGACCCUAACACAGGAGGGCCGGUUAAUGUGUCUCAGACGGGGGAUUUCUGUAACCAGUACUACAGAACUUACUAUCCUCCUAUACGUAGCAACGGAGUGUCUGUGUCAACGACAGUUACUCAAGGAAGUACCUCAACAGUUCCAGCACAGCCUACAAAACAUUUAACAGCACAAAAGGCAACCGCGACCAGUGCGCCGGUACAACCAGUCACCCCGCCCCAAGUAAAACCAGUUACGUGUCCUUCACCUAAAACGUGUCCGACGGCCCCGACAUGUCCGACACAACCGUCCAGUACUGGACAACCUCAGACAACAAACCACGUGCAGACUCCACUUCAACAGCAAAGUGGAAACAAUAAUGGCUCAAAUAAUGCUGGUUUGGUAGCAGGAGUAUCUAUAGGAACAUUUCUACUGGGACUCGUCAUCGGUGUUAUUUUUUUGAAUUUUUACAAGAAGAGAUUCAAUACUGAAAGUGACCGAAGACUUUUCGAACGUAUGGAAAUGGUCAACUGAUGUAGUCAUUCGUAUCAGACUUGUGUAAAAAUCAUGAACAAGAGUGACAAAAAGGAGCGACCAUCGGCGAAACAUUACAGAACAGCACGUGCUAUAUCUGAUAUCUGUAAUCUUUUCUGGUCGUAAAAAUGUUAAAAGCGAUGUACAUUUGCGUUAUAAUAUAACAUGUUUUGCGGUUCAAUAUAAAAAUGGGCCAAUUCUUCAGAACUUUUUUAAAGUUAAAAACAUUGUUAACGUCAUUGUUGUUAACUAUUUAAUCUUGACUACUUUGGACGUUUCAAGGACACACUUACAAUUUCAGUACUUCUUACAUUUUUAGACAACUGUUUCAGCUUGCUUCUUUUAAGUUUAUCAGAACAUCAUACAACAUACCACCUUUAAACGCUAACAACGAUACUAUUGUUAACGUUUACAAAGUUCUGAUUAAUUCGCCCAUUGUAAGAUAAAUUUCAGCAUGCUUGUGAACUACAUAAAGACAUCUAGUCAAUGUAAAUAUGGCAUGUUUUACAAGUAUUGUAUAACCAUACCAAAAAUAUGUAUAACAUAAUAACAAAGUGUAUGUACUUGUUCAAAUGUUACAAUUUAGUUCUUAUUUAUGUAUUUUUCUGUGAUACUUUUGCAAUAGUGAUUAAUGUAUCUUCAUUGAGCACCAUUUAUUUAUGUGGCUGUGCGAAUGUGUUCCUUAUUACUGUAAACUUGUACACACAGUUAAAAUUUCAUUUUAAACAUUAGUGAAAUAAAUACAUUCAUUAAUUUUA